AUGGAACAGCCCUUCUCGACCUCGAAGGUCACAGUCGAUUACUUCGACCCUCACGAUGUCUACAAACUUCUUGCCCCGGGGCUGCUCCCGCGACUCCCCCUCCACAACCUGCACUGGCAGUCCCACGCCGGCCCUCUGCGAUCCAUCGAGACACUGCAUGUCGAGCUCGUCGACGCCCUCGCCGCUGCCAAAGCCCCCAAGCAGAGGCAGCCUUCCAUAACACCCGCAUCCGGCACUGGCGGCGACGAUGGCUUCCAGACACAGCCUCUUGCAGGUGGCAACCGACUCACUGCCGACGCUGACGAUGCCUUCCCCGCCAAGCCAUACUCGCCCGGCUACGGUCCCUCGGCUGCUAACGUCCGCCGCCACCAGAUCCCAGGCCUGCGCCGGACACCAUACCUGAAGGUCCUGCUUGUUCGAUGCGAUGACAACGACCAGUACAAGUCAAGUGUGCGCUCAGAGAUCCGCGACUGGCUCAAGGAGCACGCCACGCCGGCCUCGACCACCAAUAGCAAGAAAGACGCGCGGACUGCCGCCGAGAACCACGAUGCAUGCGAGCUCCUGAUAAUACACGUUGUUGUGCCCAACACCGUCGCCGCUACCCAGCCUAGGAUGACCGGCGGCGGAGGCGUGGACGGCAGGUCGGACGCGUUGCCAGUGACAAAGACCACAUCUAGAUGGGGCAAGAACACGACCCCGCUGCUGGAAAGAAUGAGAAGCGAUUAUGGGAGCUCUUCCAAGGCAAAUGUCGACAGGAUAGCGCAGAUACGCAUCGGUAUCAACGAUGUGCCUUACGAUCUUCUGCCGAGGGUCGUGCCCGCCGUGCCUACGGGCUACAUGGAGACCGAGGAAGACGCCAAGGUCGCCUGGGCCGAUCUCAUCGACAAAUUCAAGAGGCUGAUCCUGGCUAGCUUCGACAUGAGGGUCAGCCAGUACGAGGAAGACAUCAAGGAAAAGGACGCGCAGAGAAGUCUGCCCGGCUGGAACUUCUGCACCUUCUUCAUUCUGAAGGAGGGACUAGCAAGGGGCUUCGAGAGCGUAGGAUUGGUGGACGAUGCCCUUGUUGGAUACGACGAAUUAAGUGUCGGCUUGGACACCAUAAUACAAGAGCAAGCGGCUGCGGACUUUGACGACACCCAUGGGGGCUCACUGCUUCCGCACACCCCGGACCUCAAGAAGAUCGCGCAGUCGGCGAUGGUGACGGCGAGCACAGGGACACUGGAGUUUGACGACGAGGAAACCGUGGAUCUGCAGUCCUCCAAGGAACCAGAACCCCAGGAAAAAUUCGACGACAUCCCCAUCUCUGUCAUGAAGAAGGCUUACCGAGACCUGAUUCUAUCAAAUAACGUGUCGAUAUUUGAUUUCAGGUGUUAUAUAUUUGCACGACAAAUUGCACUGCUCCUCCGCCUGGGCAAUGCUUGGUCCACGCGGGAAGAGCUGCUCGCCAAAGUCAAAGAACAGCAGGAGUCCAUACUGCAUGGUGUUGCACCACGGGCCCCACCUCCACAGCCAGCGGACGAGUCCGAAAACCUGUCUAUGCUGGCAGAAAUAUGCAAACGCACUCUUGAGUUCAUACCUGCUGUAUCCCAGGUCAUGCGCCGAGAUGUCAUUGCCGCUCUGGCCGACCAACGCAAGCUCGAGGCCGGCGGCGUGACGCCCAAGACGACAAUUCCCUACGAGAACCUCGUGUCAGAGGUGGCCGAGAAUAUAGUCGCGUCUUUUGCUUUCUCGAUAGCCCAACAAAUCCUUGCACAGACGUCUACGAAGGCUUUGCCCAUCCCGCCGCCGACCACAACCCCAACUGGUGAGGACGGUCCAGAGCAGAAGUCGAAGGAGUCCAUACCAGAGCCCAAGACGAUGAUGCACCCCGUUAGAACGACAUCUCUCAGGGUUUCAACAACGGGGGACGGUCGACUGCCGCCGCUGCCCAGUCCAAACUUCUUCCCGGGCCCUGGCACUCGCAGAGCGAGCACAGCUGAUGUGCAGGAUACAAUAAAUCAACGGCACCACAAGGCAGGACAAGAAGAGCUGGCUGCUAGAAGAGCUGAGCUUUAUGCGUUGUCACGGAACAUAUUGGAGGAGUGCGGCAAAAAGCGGGGCUGGAGCGAUGGGUGGUCUUCUGCACCGGUCAUAGGAGAAACCGGGUUGCAGGAAAUGGAAGAUAUCAGCCUUGACGACGACUUGCCGCCAAGUCCUUCACAGCCGACAAGAACCCCAUCAUCAGAUCUUACUCUUGCCGGUAUUGACAACAAACUCCUUCGAACGGCCCUCGACACCAAAGAGGAUUUCUACCGCCUGUACGAGAUGCUCACAGACAAAUCCUUGCGUCACUACACUGUCGCCAGCCAUACACACUCUGUCCUGGCCAAUAUGGCAGAUCUUGCCGUCAUGAAGUACUACCUGGAAGACUACUCCGCCGCAGCGUCAUAUUUCCUCCGGACGACGCCAUUUUACGGAGAGAGCGGAUGGAGCUUGCUUGAGCUAUCUAUGCUUGUCAUGUACUCAAAGUGCCUUCGAGAACUGAACAGGAACGACGUCUAUGUCAAAGUCAUGCUCAAACUACUUUCAAAAGCAGCAAACUCGGAAAGGGAUAGGAUCGAGGAAAGGGGCUCGGUCAAAUUAAGCCAGAAAGAGGCCAAGGAGUACGCGGAGAACGAGUUGUUUAAAGGCUUUCUACCCGACUUUCUGACUGCUGCCAAAUCUUUCGACAAGGAGGUGAAGCAUUCGCUGCAGAACUUCUUCACCCAUAUCGAGGUUGAAGGCACACCGGCAUACGACGACGACCAGGACAGCUUUAACUUGACCUUGGUACUCCGGAGCGUUCUAGCCGACCCACUACCCGUGGACAAGGCCUUCCUGCGGAUCAUCACCACUGGCGGACGCGAAAUCUGGCUUGAAAGUGGCGACAAGCUGGAACUGAGACCCGGGCGGAACAAGAUUCAGCUGCGAUGCAUGGCCAUGAACCCGGGCACGUAUGAGGUCGACCGAGUCCAGUUGAAUAGCGGACCGUUGAAGCUCAGCUUUGAGAGACAAGCAUUCCAGCCUGUUGAGCGCGAUGCGGUCAAUCUGAGGAACCCAUACGUGACCUUGUAUCAACGUGCCGACACACUUGACCUGCGUGUCGAGCCAUCGACGGUAACACAACUGGAUAGGAACUUCGCCAUGGAUCUUGAGUUGACGACGGGGUGGAAUGAGGUGGAGUCCUGCGAGAUUCGCGUCCGGUCUGCGACAGGGGGCCUCCGGCUCCUUACGGCAGAAGCUCAAAUACUCGGUACUGAGGAACACAAGCAGCCAGCAUCGUCUGAACCAGGCUUGUUUGUGUUUGCGUCUCUGGCAGCCAGGUCGUCGGUCAAGGCUCGGAUACCUUUUACCACCGAGCAGGAUGCCCCAAGUGUCUCCAUCAAAGUCGAGGUCAAGUACACUACCUCUCGGGGAACGUUCACCUUGUCCAAAACGCCGUCAAUACCACUAGCUCUGAAGUUGGGCGUCAAUGUCCAGGAUGUUUUCAAGCACACAGCGCUUUUCUCGCGCUUCACCGUAUCAACAGCGACACAAAGUCCACUGCGCCUGUUCAAAUCGGAGCUCAUUGAAUCGGAUGUAUUCGAGUCACGAUUUGGAGUGCCACCUACAAACCCAGUUGUCAUUUUUCCAAAGCAGCCGGCGAGCCUGAUCUACAGGAUCAACCGCAUACCGGGAUCCAGGAUCGGCCCCAACACUAACAAGACCAUGUACUUGAAGCUGUCAUACAGCGUCCUUCAGGAUGAGAUCAGGGAUAAUAUCCGUGAGUCGUUGACUGACGCACUGAAAGACACCGAGUUAUGGAAGUACAGCAGGCUCCUAGUGGCGAGUGUGCUGGAACGGGUGAAGAGCGAUCUUACGGCUUAUGAUCUCGAGAGGUCUGCGACGCUGGGCGAGCUGCCGCUGAGUUUUCUAACUGAGGUCAAGUGGCAGAAGCAGUUCUCCGGGCUGGGCACAACAUCGGCCGGAGAAAGCAUCCCGGCACUUAUGUCCCAAUUCAUAGUCAACUGGACAAAGAAGACCCCAAGGAUCCCAGCAAUGCGCCAGGUAGAUCCUACACAACUGCAGUCGAUCCUCAUCCCCGUCGACGUCCCGUCGAUACCGGUCGUGCACACCGCCGACAUCCGACUGCAAAGACCCGUCCCGUCUCUUGUUGAGCCUGCAGAUGAGUACGAGGCACCAGUGGUCUGCGUCAACCAGCUUCUCCCGGCGACAUUGCACCUGAAAUGGACACGGGUUUGGGACACAAGCAGACUCGACACCGCCGCCGCAGCGUCUUCCGCCGAAGAAGCUGCAGGUGACGAAUUCAGCUACGAUGUCACUGCGCCGAGCGAUACGUGGCUCGUCGGCGGCCGGAAGAAGGGCCACUUCGUCAUUCCUGCGCGAAACUCCACCGGCGAGGAAGGCGACCUGGUGAGCUCCUCUCCCAUCAACGAGGCGGACAUCCCACUCGUGCUCAUCCCGCUAAGGGAGGGGUACCUGCCGUACCCCAGCGUCGAGGUCAGGGAGAGCAGCGGACCUGCCGAGACCAACGACAACGAGAGCCACGGCCAUGGCCACGGUCAGGGCCAGGGGAGGAAGAGCCCGGCCGUCACUGGGCACUGCGAGACGGACUAUCGGAACCUGGGCGAGACGGUGCGGGUUGUUGCGGACCGGAGGAGGGUCACCGUGUCGCUGGAUGCCAGUGGGGCUGGUGGUGGGCCGUUGGUGCUUGAUAGUGAGAGGGUCACUGGGACGGAGAUUGGGAGGGUGGUUGCCUAG